AAUAGACUUCGCAACAUGUAUGGAAAUAAUAAAUAUUGCUGAAUCUUUCGCGUUUGUGCUGAAUUGACCUCGUCAACACGAAGCGAGACGAAAAACGAUAACGAUGAGCUCUGAAUCCAAAUAGGAAUUUCAAAAUGGCGUCAGUGAUUUUUGGUGGAAUUUCAGUGUGUGUUUAACUUAGUUUACGCGGUAUUUGUGCUGAUUAAAAUUUAAUAAUUGUGAGAAAAAUAUUAAAUGUGAAGUGGUUUAUCGAUAGAAAAACAAAAAAUAAAUAGGAGCAGAUGUGCCUUUACUCUUUUAAUUAGUGAUAAAACGCUUAAAAUGGCGUAUGCAUGUGAGGAAGCGGAAUAACUUUCUUUUUUCACAAAUUUAUAAUUUUUACUGCUGGACCAGUACUUGGUUAUCUUAAGAAAAGGUGAACAACGUGUUGUUGAAUAUUAUAACUUGCACUGCUUGCUGCAUUUUGUGACAAGUGGCAAGUGGUACAGUCCGAGUUGGGACGCGUUUUACAUUUAUUCUAAUCGCCAGCGUGGGAACAUACGGAUCAUAUAUAUGUACAUAUAUUUUGUCAUAAUUUUUUAAACAUCGUUGAAAACGGCAGAAAUCACUAGUGUUAAAUUUGCCUAUGAUAAAGUGAAAAAGGCGGGUAAAUCGAGAAGACACUCCAAAAAUGUGUGCAGCACACAGUAACCCACAACAGGGCUUCGGCUAUACUUGGGGAUUCGCAGAUAAUACCCGUACGGAGUCUGUACUGGAGAUUCCGGCAAAUAUAAAUUACACAGUCAGCAGUGAAUCCAUGCCAUAUUUGCUAUCUACAGAUGGCUCUUUAACUGUGCAGAAGGACGUUAAAGGUGGAUUGACGGCUCAAAAAGGAGGUGUUGUACGACGUAUGUUUGUUGUAAAUGAACCAUUUGCACCAGGACCACAACGGGUCAUAACUGCAGGUACUACUACACCAUCGGUGGUGAAGAAACAAGACCAACAAGUGCUCAGUAUUAACUGCGACAAAAAUUACCUACUUGUAGAUCAAUCAGAUCAGUCACACUCUCUGACUAAUGGUAUCGUCGACACGAAGUCACAGACCAUUCUAACGACAACAGCUGGCGCUAAAACGCAUUUUAGUCCCAUCGGGCCGAUUCAUCUCACUGCAGAGGAAUGCAACGAGAUUUUAAUGAAACGAGCGCUUGCCGCAUCUCAACAGACUCACACGAUCACUACUGCAGACGGACAUGGGACGACAAGUGACAUUCUGCCGGGUAUAUCGGUACAAGUUCAAAAAGUGAUUCAAGGUUUAGAAGAGGCGGAUGAUUCACAAGGGGAUACACCCAACUUGAAGUUGGAGCCCGGUACAUUAGAGCUAUCUCCAAAAACAGAAUUGCAAGAUAACAUGAAUUAUAACGAGAAUGAUGCCACAGUUAAGAAGGAGCGACCAUACAGUUGCGACGAAUGCGGCAAAUCGUUUUUAUUGAAACAUCAUUUAACAACACACGCGCGAGUCCACACAGGUGAACGGCCGCACGUGUGUGUACAUUGUAGCAAGAGCUUUGCUCAUAAGCACUGCCUCAAUACACAUCUGCUAUUGCAUUCAACUGAUCGGCCGUUUCAGUGUACCGAAUGCAAGAAAAGUUUUACUUUGAAGCACCACCUGUUGACACAUUCACGUGUUCAUAGUCGUGAUCGGCCAUUUGUGUGCCCCGAAUGUGGGCGAACGUUCCCAUUGAAGCGACAUUUAGUGACCCAUAGUAAAUUUCAUGCUGGUGAACGACCAUACGUUUGUGAGGAAUGUGGCGAAAGUUUUGCUCAGGAGAAUCACUUAAUAAUGCAUUCACGUUUCCAUGGAUCGCUGAAUCCAUUUGUUUGUCCAGAUUGCGGAGCUACAUUUCCUCGCAAAUUUCAAUUGGUUAAUCAUGGCCGCAUUCACGGUAAAGUACCACACUCCUGCACCCUGUGUGGCAAAGAGUUCUUGCAGAAGCGCACGCUGGUUUCUCACAUGAGGAUUCACACCGGCGAUCAGCCAUAUCCUUGCAUUAGUUGCGGUGAGGGCUUUAUGUCUAAAGCCGAAUUAAAUCAACAUGUGCGUAAUACACACGGGGGCGUAAAUCCAAACUCCUCAAACACUGCGAUACAUUCUACGCAGCAACAUCAUACGCAACAACAGACGCAAGGGUCACAUCCACAAACCAUUACUGUAGUCAGUAAUCCAGCGAACCCGGCAUUAUUAUCUGUGGGCGGUGAUAAUAAUGCUGCUCGGCCUCAAUUUGGCUGUCGUGAAUGUGGAAGUGCCUUUAAUAGUAGAGAAGCGUUAGCGCUUCAUUUGCGAUUACAUACAGGUGACAAAAGCCUUAUGACUGAUUUGUGCGCUUUAACUGCGGCACUGCCCGGCCACUUCCUCAACACCGGCCUUAAUCCAGGCGCCACUGUGGUUGCUACCAACCCCAAUAUAGUGGCUCAGAAUACAGUGCCCGUGCAGAUCAUUUCAUCAACCGGACAAGUCAUGACACAAACAACAUUGGUACAGGCUGCCGCAGCAACGCAUCCACAGGGUGUUGUUACCAAUGUGCCUGGAGUGAUGCAUCACCAACAGCCGCAACAGCAACUGACGAAUGCAGCGCCACAACAACAUCAUCCACAGCAACAGCAGGUAACGCCGCCCAAACCAAAGUCACAUUUUUGCGCCAGCUGCGGUAAAGGAUUUGCCGCUAAGCACGGUCUUAUGCAGCAUAAUCGAAGACAUCCUAACGGUGGCUGCACCGUGCGCACACAUGUAUGCGAGUGCGGCAAGGCAUUCUUCCAGAAGAAUCACUUGAUGCUACAUCAGCGUCAGCAUUUGGAAACCAAACCGUCAGCUGCUGUCGCUCAACAGCAACAACAACAACAACAGCAGCAACAACAACAGCAACAACAGCAGCAGCAGCAACAACAACAACAGGUGCGUUGAUUGCAUAGCUAAGCAAAAGAUAAACAAAAUAUAAUAAAUACAAAAAAGCUGCACAACGCUGUGUAGUCCGCAAAAGAGUAAACCUGCAAAAUACGCAAGCCGGCUUUGCAACGCUUCCAUUAUAAUUUUUACACGAGCUCGGUAACGUUACGCUGAGACAAAUAACCAACGCUUAACAUCAAGCCAGAAUCCUCAUAUCAAACAACCACGAAAUAAAACUGCAUACGCAAAAUACUAACAUAAUGGAUUUAACACACGAACAGCACAGCCGCUCGCGCAAACAACAACAACCACAAUCGGCUAUGUUGAUAGGCAAUCAUCAAGCGCUGCACCUGCAAGUUUUGCAAGGCACUAAUGCAGCUCAUGUUAUUAAGUACGAAAUAAAUAUACCACAGGAUAAUCAAAGUGGAUAAGCGUUGAUAGAGUAGAAAUGGUUAAUGGUUGAUUCAUUUUAUGUAUUAUCACUAACCCAAAGGACAAAUUUCAACAUUCAUGUGAAUGGCGGCUGGGAGGAUGUGGGUUCAAAUUGUACGGUACACAGUACAGUACUUGUUUCAUUCGUUUAAGUUUAUUACGUUUUUAGUAUUUAAGCUUUAUUGUUUCGCUCUUUAUUGUGUGCACACAUUUCGCAAUGACAGUAGAAAUUACCAAUUGUUUCUAUUUGUGUAUAUAUUUGUUCAAUUUAACUUAACUAUCUAUAUCAAUUGUAAUUUUAAGCCCUCAACCAGACGAGCACACAUAAUUAACAAAUUCCUGUUACUAAGCUAAUUUACAGGGGAGAUACAAUUAGUAUAUGGGUUGGUUACACAUUAAGUCGUGCACAAUAAAGGAUCAUGUGUCUGCGUUA